UAGUUACCGUAUUUGUCUCCGAUUACUGGACUGGGAUGAUGGAGAAAGACGCCACAGACUCUUGUAAACAAUCCGUCGAGAUUCUAGCAUGCGAAUAUGCGCGGUGAUAUAUCAGUGUAGCCUCAAAUUAUCUCAGUUAUUCUGUUGACCACCAUGGAAAAGAAUAUUAUUGAUUAUUUCAAGAAAGUCCUGCUUAACAAAAAUGGACAUCUUUGCAUGAAUUCUUUCAAGGGUCAUUUAGCUGAAUUAAGUCAAAAAGAACGUAAAUAUGUAAAGAAAGUUGGACUUGAAAAAUUGAUUUCAAAAUAUCCAGAUUUGUUUCUUUUAUGUGAUGAGGAAAUUUAUAGCAUCCAGGAAGAUGAGAAAAAGGAAGAUUCCGAUGUUUUUAAAAAAAUUAGUGACGAACACAACAUAAAAGGUGUCAUGAAUUCCAAAGGAAAAAAAUCAUCAGUUAAUUUGGAUAGUGCAAAGGAUGAUCCAUGUACAGUUUGUUCCGAUCCUAUUGAAAUAUUUGCAAUUGGUGAAUGUCGACAUCCUAUUUGUUACAGAUGCAGUACUAAAUUACGGGUGUUAUGUGAAGAUAAGAACUGCCCAGUAUGCAGACAAACACUGGACCUGGUUGUAUUUUCUAAGAAUUUGCUUCCAUUAAAUGAGCAUAAGGUUGACGAUUAUAUCAAGGAUAAAAAAUAUGGGAUUGCAUUUGAAAACAUCAAAGUCUGUGAACAAAAGAGUGCUCUUUUGCGACAUGUCUGCAAUAAAUGUCCGAAUGCCAUUUUCGAUAAUUUUCCUGGAUUAGAAGCUCAUGCUCGUGAUAAACAUCAACUGUAUUAUUGUGAAAUAUGUGUAAGACAAUGUAAGAUAUUUACUGAAGAGCGAAAAACAUAUUCCAAGUCGGAAUUAAAGAAACAUAUUGAAGAUGGUGAUGAAACUGGGUCAGCAAGGGGUGGCCAUCCAUUGUGUAGAUUUUGUGAUUAUCGUUAUUUGGAUAAUGAUGAAUUAUUACGUCAUCUUCGACUUCAUCAUUGUUCAUGUAUUAUAUGUGAUGAAGUUAAUGAAGAACAUAAGAAUUAUGAGUUUUAUGCAGACAAGAACUCGCUUUUUGAACAUCAGCGUGAAAAUCAUUUUCCAUGUGAACAUCCUGACUGCAUGGAAUUAGAUCGCAUUCCUGUCUAUAGAGAUGAAAUAGAUUUACAGGGUCAUAAUUUGCAGAAGCAUAGUGGACAGAAAAGUAAAUUGGAAAAGAAAGCAGAGCAAAGAAUUAGUGUUCCAUUUAUGUAUGAAAGAAAAAAGGAUAAACAAAAAAAGAUAUUAAAAGUUGAACCUGAUCCUGCUGGUGGAAUACAUAUUACAGGAUUUAUAGCUCGACGUAUAGAGAAGGAAUACUCAUUUAUAGAAAGAGAUGACAAACCUUCGAGAUUUGAAGAAAAUGUUUUCUUCGAUUUGGAAGCUUGUGGUCUCGAACCUAAUGAUGAUAUAAGAAAGCAUUUUAAAAAUUUCGAUAGGGUUAGUGCUUAUGCAAUGCCAGUUACUAAUCCAAAUAUUAAGUCCAAAUGGAGAGCUCUUGAGGUAGAAAAAAUUGAUGAUGAUGAUGUAGAAUAUGAAGAUAAUUUAGCAGAUGCUUCUGUUGUGAAACAAAUACCAGAAGAAUCUUUUAAUGAAUUUCCAUCAUUGGCAUCUAAAUUUCCUGCUCAAUCUUCAACAUCUACUUUAUCAGGCUGGGCUAGUGUGACUCAAAGGAAUCCUCCUAUCAAACAACCAGCUAAGACUGUAACGAAUGCGAUGGUGUUUCCGAGUCCACCUCCAUCACCUAAAUCUAGUUAUGAUAUUGGAUACGUUCACAAAAAUUUGAGACCCGAUUUUGGAUUUAUUCAAAAAGAUAGAUACAAUGAUUUAUUUACCGAAAAUGUGUAUUUCAAUAUUGAAGCAUAUCAGAUUGGAAUGAAUGAACCACUUACUAAUGACUUAACAAAAGUAUUGAGCAUAGGUGAAAAGGUUUGUUAUACGCUUAAAAGUGGACCCAGUUUUGCUGGUGUAAAAGCUAAAUACAGAGCACUCCAUGUUUGGAAGUUUUCAGUUAACAAUAUUGGAGGAGCAAUGAGUCCCGUGUCCUCUGACCAAUUCAAAGUAAUUCCAAAUAAAAAUGUACUAAAUCGAAAGCAAAAAGUGAAAAAUAUCGAAGAACCAAUGUAUCAAGGAAUAACAUCUGGACAAUUUGGAGCUUUGGCAGAAAUUAGCAAAAAUUCUGAUGAAUCACUAAAUUCAAGAGAAAUGAGCCUUUCUCAAGAUUCUACCACAUCAAAAGAAAAUCUAAAAGUUCACAAGCUAACUGACAUCAUCAGUAACAUCAAAACAAUACAACCUAUUACAAAAGAACAAUUGCGAGUUCCAGUGCCAUCUGCAAGAAAACAAUUCGAUUCAAGUUCAGUUGAUGUCAACCAUAAUAAAAGAAUCAAUGGUGCAACAGUUCCAAGUGAUGGUGAUCAUUCCACACCAUUGAAACCUGGAGUGAACAUAAAAGAUCAUGUAUUUAAACAUUUUCCAAAUAUUAAUCACAGUAGUCCUGUUACCAUCAAUCAGUUGCAUCAAAGUAGACUCGGACAAGCAUUGACUCCAGUAUCUAAUGGAACAUCGGAUGAUGAGAUGAUUCUGCAGAAAUCUCGUACAACAAGUGAGGUGUACAGUAGUGCAGAUGAUGACGACUCUGAAGAUGAGUUAAAUGAUGACGACAGCACUGAUGAAUCUGAUGAUGACAUUGAUGAACUUCAUCCAUAUCAUAAUAUAUUCAUGCAAACAUUAGCUGUCUGUCUUAAAAACAAAGGAAUAUACAAGAUUCUAAAACAGCAGAUGUUAAUGGAAAUGUUAAAGAAAGGACAAUAUAUCACUCCCCUUGAUUUGCAGUUUCUUGAAUUUAGAAAAGAAGAUAAUACUGUUUAUAUAUUGUUCUGUAACCCUGGUGGAGAAAGCAAAGCUGAAUACAUUAAAUUGAAUGGAUUUUAUCCAUUGGAGAGUUCGUGGGCCAGUGAACUGAAGGCAUUUGGAUUGGUAAGCAAAGUAUCGAAGGAUUUAUAUCACAUCAAGAAUUCAAGCCAUUACAUCACGGUAUCAAGAAAUAAGCAUGAGAAAACGUCAAAAGUUACUAUGCACUACAGAUCCUCUCAACCAAAUAACAAGGCAAUGUGAAAUGACUGUAGCGUUCUUAUCAUAUGAAACAUGAAUCAAUCCCAUAUUUUCUGACAUGAAGCAUUGUCUAUCUGCAUCCCCCAAUGGAGUAUGCUUGUCACUAUUAGCAAGCGUGAAUCUAGUUACCACUGAACAUUUUAUUUAUUACCUUGCUGAUCUUUUUAAUUUUUUGCGCAUAAUAAAAAACUUUUUCCGUCUUUCAAAUUUCUCAGUAUAGAAAUCACCUAGGCCACUCAAUGAAUACACUUGGUUUACAGACUUAUCCGACUACAAGCCAGUUUGAGGUAUAAAUUUUCAGUUGCCUUGGGAGUUGUGUAGAAAUAAUGAUAUAUAAAUACACAAAGAUUUAUUUACAACGGUAGCGACAUAUACAGCUAACUUGCAACAC